UAUUGAUUGGUUUGGGUCUACAUAUCCACUUGCUUUCGCUCUUGUUUAUUCAGAAAUGCAAGAAUUUUACUGCUGGGUGUUGCAACAACUAAAUAAGGCACUAAUUAUUGUGACAGAUAGUGCACAA